CUGCAAAGUCGACUGCGCCUAGUAAUAUUUUCACUGGGAAUGGACAAUGGGAUGUGCUCUUAUUAUAUCAUGAUCAAAAACUGCUUCCUGCUCUGCAUUUCCAUGAGUUUAGCCAGCCAUUUUGGCUUCUCACAAAUGCCAACACCUUCAGGGAAAGAUGACAACAUCACCAUAUUCACCAGAAUCCUGGAUGGUCUCCUGGAUGGAUACGACAAUAGGCUUCGGCCAGGCUUGGGAGAGAGAAUCACUGAGGUGAAAACAGAUAUCUACGUCACCAGUUUUGGUCCAGUGUCAGAUACUGAAAUGGAAUAUACAAUCGACGUUUUCUUCCGACAAAGCUGGAAAGAUGAAAGACUUCGGUUUAAAGGGCCAAUGCAACGCCUCCCUCUUAACAAUCUCCUGGCCAGUAAGAUAUGGACUCCAGACACUUUUUUCCACAAUGGUAAAAAAUCUAUCGCCCACAACAUGACCACCCCAAACAAGCUUUUGCGCCUUGAGGAUGACGGGACACUUCUAUAUACAAUGAGAUUGACCAUCUCUGCAGAAUGCCCCAUGCAGCUUGAAGACUUCCCUAUGGAUGCCCAUUCUUGCCCGUUAAAAUUUGGAAGCUAUGCUUAUCCCAAUUCCGAAGUGAUCUAUGUGUGGACUAACAACUCAGAUACAUCUGUGGUGGUUGCAGAAGAUGGUUCGAGGCUUAACCAGUAUCACUUGAUAGGACAUAUUGCAGGAACUGAAAACAUCAGUACCAGUACCGGUGAAUACACUAUAAUGACCGCACACUUUCAGCUGAAAAGAAAGAUUGGCUAUUUUGUCAUCCAGACUUACCUUCCAUGCAUUAUGACUGUGAUCUUAUCCCAAGUAUCGUUUUGGUUAAACAGAGAAUCGGUCCCUGCAAGAACAGUCUUUGGUGUCACUACAGUCCUCACAAUGACUACUUUAAGUAUCAGUGCUCGCAACUCUCUACCAAAAGUGGCCUAUGCUACUGCAAUGGACUGGUUUAUAGCAGUGUGCUAUGCUUUUGUGUUUUCGGCACUGAUUGAAUUUGCCACAGUCAACUAUUUCACAAAGAGAAGCUGGGCCUGGGAUGGCAAGAAAGCUCAGGAAGCUGCAAAAAUGAAGAAAAAAGAGCGUGAAUUAUUGGCAAACAAAACCACUAAUGCUUAUGCCUCUGGAAGAAUGACACCCACAUUAAACAUACCAAAGGACUCCACCCCUUCCGUUAUCUCCAACUCCUCUUCCGUUCCAGUAAAACCUGUUGAGAAACCGACUGAAAACAAAAAGACCUAUAACAGCAUCAGUAAAAUCGACAAGAUGUCCCGAAUAGUGUUCCCUGUCUUGUUUGGAACUUUUAACUUAGUCUAUUGGGCCACGUAUUUGAACAGGGAACCUGUUAUUAAAGGUGCUGCUACUUCAAAAUAAAUGGAAGGACUUCCACAUCAAGUGUGAGCCAUACUUGCAAAAACAAAUGCUACCAAGGAGAAUUUGAGGUUCCAAGACUUUUUUCAACUUUUGGGCAAUAUUCUUCAGGACGUUUUUGCAUGUGUAACGAUAUGUACAAAUAUUAUUGCCUUGAUUGUUUCUACAUGUAACCUCAGAUGUUUCUGACAGCUAAAUCAAGAGCAGCAGACACAAACCUUUGUAGGAAAAUGGAAGACAUGGAACUUCUGUGCUGCUAAGUAUCUUGCAUUGAUAGUUUACAAUGAAAUAGGGUAUAUUUUUUAACUGUUUGGGCAUAUUGCAUAUCUGCAGUUUUUUAUACUUUGAAUGUACAGUCAUGCAAAUACGUGGGGACUGUUGACUCUGCAAUUGCAGAAAGGUUAAUGUAAA